CAUUGCGGCCCUCAUAAGCCAAGGUAACUUUGCGCCAAUUGACAGCGCCAGAAUCGGAACAAUAACUGACGAUAUACGCUUCUCCAGAUGCUGUCCCGCCGAAUUGUCCGGGCCUCGCCCGCCCGUCUCAUUGCGCUCGCCGCGAACCGAUCCCCCAUUGUCCAGCAACGCCGUACCUUCUUGCCCGACCAGCUUACCGGCCGGGGCGGCCUUAUGGAAGAAAAGUACCCCGAGUCCGAUUAUCCUCAUCUUACCGAUGCUGAGGACCCCGAGAUGAACGGCGGCUACAUCAACCCCCCGCGCAUCAAGCGCCAGCAUCGCGAUCCCUACGCCAACUGGUGGGACCCUCAAGAGCGUCGCAACUUUGGCGAGCCCGUGCACGAAGACCACGAUAUCCUGGGCAUGUUUUCCCCAUACGAGUACACCUGGAUCUCUCCCGGCAAGGGUCUUGCCCAGAUUGGCGCCUUCAUUGUUGCCUUCCUCGGCCUCUGCUACGGCGUCAAGCUCACGUAUCCCGACAAGGUCUCGUAUCCUCGCGAAUUCGAGGGCGGUUUGUUGCAGGAGUUGGGCGGUUCGGGAGCUAUCAGGGCGAGACAGUCGGGUGAUCCUGACCCUUGAAUACAGACACGAAGGAACAAAUACAGAACAAAGCCUGUACAUAGAGGUAGCUGCCACUACUUCCAUCCGGGGUGAACGGUACCCGGGGAAGUCAUAGAGUUGAGUCAUGGGAAGCAGUCAUUAAUCAUGCCAGAGAGUGCAUCCGGUC